CUGUUUGCAUAACUUGAAUUAAUCUUAAAUUCCUAGCAAGCGUGUACACUCGUCGCAAGCCUAACUAGAUUACAGCCAUAAUUAUACCGUGAAAACAAUUUAAGACCUUGUAUCCGGUUAGCCUUCAUUUGCAUGUAAAUUACGCGCCAGUUCUGUGCUGUUUCCAAACACUUAAACAAGCAUCCCUCGCUAUUGUUUGCCAAAGCAUUUGUUGAAUUGUGGUUGGUCGGAAACUUUUUAAAUAACAAUGGCAACAAAGCCGAAAUGACAUGUCGUAAAUAGUUACCAUUUAACUGUUAAAUUCGGGUGAACUUGGCGAAGAAGCAUUAAAGUAUAAGGUGCAAGCGUGAUCAAUCCUUUCCUUGGAUCGAGAUUUAUACGAAGAGCGAGCGGUUAAUUUGUGAGAACUUCAAACGUAUUCUCAAGAGUUGAGGCGAAGGAGAUUUGGGAAGAAUGACCGAGGUUCUACCAAAUCUCAGCUCAGAAAUAGCGGUCUCGACGUCGGAAGAAAGCAUCAGGACUCCACGCUGUGCUAGGUGCCGAAACCACGGAACAAUCUCCUACCUAAAGGGACACAAACGUUACUGCCAGUGGAAAGAAUGUCAGUGCUCGAAAUGCAGCCUGAUCAUCGAGAGACAGCGCCUGAUGGCAGCACAGGUCGCUUUGAAACGUGACACGGAGGACGAUCAUAACGUGUUGGCGAUUUCGUCUCGUUGUCUGCCGAUGUUUACCCAACCUCAGUCCCAAGACAGAUACGGAUUGCCAACUCGCGAUGACCCGAUUUCCGAUGACGAGAGUGCGUUUUGUGAGACACCUCUCAAACGAGAAACAAACGAAGACUUGGAAGGAAUGCAAGAAAGCGCGGUCAAACGGCGUCGAACGGUCAGUACACCUGAUGAAAACGAGAGACAAAUCGGCACGACGUCGCCGCAAGCUGACGACGAGCCUCCGAACAUUGCCGAAGGAUUACCGGUCGAAAACGAAAGCAUGAAUCUAUUCUCGUCUCCAGGUCACACGAUUGGAGGAGACGGUUUGGGACGGACAAAAUGCCCUCCAAUUGAACUUCUUUGUCGUCUGUUCCCAACGCAAAAACGUGGCGUGUUACAACUUAUCUACAAAGGUUGCAACAACGACCUAAUUAAGACAAUUGAAUGCGUUCUACCAAGCCACGAAAAGGCCAUGGCAGGCUUUAAGUAUCCACCAAUGCCCAUGAGCGUACCUAGAUGUCCUCAACUGGUUCCGUCGGCUUUUCCACCCUGUCUACCAUAUCCCAUGAAUCAAUUUCAUCGUCUAUAUCUCCCACCUUCCAUUGCCUCGGCACCAUUACCGCUGUACAAUAUGCCCGACCGCUCGACGCUCAGGCGCGGUUACAUGACCGGUUACCCAAGCAAGGCUACUUGCCAGGAAUUCACCGAGGACUCGUUUCCAGUCUCUAAACGGACGUGUCCCUAUUGCCAAAAAGACGUGCCGUUCACGCUAAGGGCCUGCGACUCUUGUGGUCAUCGGUUUGAUGUGUCCCCCUCUACGCGAGGUUGAACCUUACCCCACCCCACCCCCCCUGUUUCCUCUAAAUUGUUGGUGAUGUAUGUUUAUAUAUUGUGUGUAUUAAGACCAGUUAGUGUGCAGUACUAGAAGAAAGAAUAUUAUUAUAUAAUUCACAGGUACCGUCGAAACAUAAAGUAUUAUAAAUUAGCACUAUUUUCUGAAUCACCUGGGCCGGUCAGUAUUGCUUAUCGCCAUUUAUAGAUGUCAUGCAUUAUAGUUCUUCUCAAUUUUAUCAAGUCUCGUGCAUGCUGUCAGCCUGGUUUUCAUAAUAUAUCAUAAUUCACCAACGAUGUCUAUUGUCAGUGGUCGUGGAUACACAGAACGCUCCCUUUUCCCACUGAAAAACAUACAUAUUUCACUGUUCACCGACAAUAGAUCAUCGUAGAACAUCGUAGAACAUCGUAGAACAUCGUGGAAACCAGGCUUUGUGUUCUCUUUUCAAACACAAGUUUACGACUAGGCAAUGCUUUGGGUUAUUCUGAAACAUAGUGCCAAGUUAGUGUAAUGUACAAUUGUACUAAAAAAGAGGUGUUUAUUAAUUGAGUGUAUAGCCAAA